AUGAAGGUAAAGAGUGUAUUCCUGCUACUAUCGAAGUCAGCUAACUCGGGUAAAGGAGUUCCAGGCAUGGUCGGUGAGUGCCACAACGAGCCGCAAUGCAUGAGCGACAUCCCAUCGAAUUUUCGGAGCGAAACUCCUUUUUCAGGAGCUGCUGAACUGCUGAAUAGCGCAGCAACUCUCCUUGAGGGUGUAUGGUUUGCCCCCUGCUACAGCCCUGAAGCCGUGCACACUCUUGAGGAGGGCCCUGCCACUGCUGUAGCAGCUGCUAGUCUAGCCAUCCAAGCCCUAUCCGGCGCCAAUUUCAGGUUCGCCUCCAACAGCGAAAUUCCUGACUGCAACAAGACCUCGUUAGCAGCCAGCCAGAUGAGCAACUGUUCCAAGCCACCUUCACAGGGGAGCACUACUGAUAAGGGGAAUAAAUCUAUCGAAGUAGCUGCUGGCGUCGGGAGACGCGCGCCAUCUUCUGGACUCUGCUAUCUGCUCAACGAGCACUCGUGCUCUAAGGCGCCGUACAAGACGCCUCAGCGGCAAUCGGAGCCGCAGGUACUGCAGUUGAAGCAGCAGCGCCUGCUCUCACGUUGCCAGCCUAUGCAAAAGCACCUUCAGCAUGUGCCGCAGCACCAAGCAGAGGCCAACCCACAGCAGGAAGUGCAUCUGCGUCAAAACUUGGCAAUGCAGCAGCAGCAGAGUCAGAAGCAAGCAAUGCGUACGGUGCUUCGGCGCACGAGUUCCCGCAACAGCAGACACAGCAGAUAG